AUGGUCGCAGACACGAAAGAACUGGCCAAGGGCUACACGGUCAAUAAUGCCACCCAACACAACGCCGGCUUGUUCCUCCUCGACCGACUCGCAGUCAAACCCGGCAUGCACGUCUUGGACGUCGGCUGCGGGCCAGGGAACCUGACGGCACACAUUGCGGAGCUCGUUGGGCCGACCGGAAAGGUAGUCGGCGUUGACCCCAGCAAGGAGCGCAUCGCCCUGGCUCAGGAACUGGCCACCACCAGACCCAACCUGACAUUUCAAGUGGGCCAAGCCGAGGACCUGUCACGGUUCGCCGACGGCAGCUUCGAUAUCGUCUACGUCAACUCGACCUUCCACUGGAUCGGGGACCAGGCCCGAGCGGUGCGUGAGUUCUACCGGGUUCUGAAGCAGGGCGGCGGCCGCGUGGGCAUCUCAGGCGGCUCGGGGGACUUUGAGGCGGAGCACGAAAGGGUCAAGGCCAGGGUGAUGAAGCAGCCGCCGUUCUGUCAGUAUCCUGACACGGACGGCGUAGGGCCCAAGUUUGUCAAGCGGGCAGAGAUGGAGAACCUGCUGAGCCUCGCGGGCUUUGUCGACUGCACCAUGGUCAUCAACAAGUUCGUCAAGGAGGUCAAGGACGGCUACGCCAUGAUAGAGUGGCUGGACACGAGCUCGUCUGGCAAGACGUACGGCGGGAUCCCGCUUGAGUUGAGGCCUCAGGCAAAGGAGGUGAUGAAGCGGGAAUGGGACAAAGUCACGACCGACGACGGGAUAAAAAUGGACAUGGAGUUGCUCGUUACGGUGGCCACCAAAAGCUAA